AUGGAGACAAAUCCACCAACAUUGGAGUUAAUGUCGCCGAUCCAUAGUUUCCCCAACAGGUUCCUUAGCAGUGACUGCCAUAAUGAUGAGGAAUUAAAUGUUCAAGCUUCUGGAUAUACUUACAUGGAAGUUGAUGGUUCUCGAUCAUCUGUAGUGCCCUUGAGAUCACCGGAUUUUCUGAUCUCCAACAACUUCAUGAACAGCGGUUUCCAUACUGACGAGGUUAUGGUUAAUGAUCAAGCAUCCCAAGAUUCUGGCUACGCUAACAUGCCGGGUGCUGGUUCUGGAUCACCUCAGGGCCCUUCUGUGUUUUCUAAAUCAUCUCGCACCCAUUUAGAUGGGCCAGCGCAUCCACACUUCGUUUUUGAUACGCCUCAGGGAACCCGUUACUGGAUUCCUAACGUCGCUGAUAAGUUCAUACCAGUGUGUGGGAAAUCUUAUCCGACAUUUGAUGUUGUUGUUUCCAUGUAUGAACUUUAUGCGUUUGAAGCUGUUUUUUCUGUUAAAAAGGGCCAAACUAAAGUCUGGAAUGGAAUUCCCACACACAAGUAUCUUCGCUGCUCAAAAUACGGGAAACCACAAUCCAAGAGGACUUUUGACACACUAGAUGAAUCUUCUGUUAGGCCUAGGAGAACCAACUUUACAUGGUGUGACUGUAAGGCAAGCAUUCUAGUCUCAAUCUUAAAUGAUACAUACAUAGUUCUGAGUUUCAAUGAUAUACAUAAUCAUGAACUUGUUGAGAAUUACAACCGUGAUCUUAGCAAGAUAUCACGGAAGCUGUCAUUCUCCACCAAACAAUUCAUUCACAAUAUGAGUCUAAACCGUAUCGGACCCAUGAGAGCUUAUAGAUGUCUUGUAGCUUUAAAAGGGGGGCAUCACAAUGUCGACGGGACUCCGGUGGAUUUUAAAAAUUUUAGCCACCAGUUGCGAAUUUUUAUUGGUGAACGCGACACACAAGUUUUCCUUGAACGCUUGCGUGAGCGCUUUGACAACCUACCCAACUUCUAUUUCGAUUACACGGUAUCGAAUGGAAAGUUGUCUUCUGUAUUCUGGGCUGAUGAGAUUUCAAAGCUAAACUACAAAGCUUUUGGCGAUGUCCUCGCCUUCGACGCGACUUACAGCACUAACAGGUACAAGAUGGUUUUUGUGCCAUUCACAGGUGUGGAUCAUCAUUUCCAAUGUGUUACAUUUGGUGCGGGUUUGAUAUCAACCGAGUCCAUUGAAUCUUAUGUGUGGUUGCUUAAGGCUUUUUUGAAGGCACACGGUACUCAACCAACUCUCGUGUUGAGUGAUCAAGACCCAUCCAUGCUUCAAGCUGUUCCUAUGGUCUUUACCGAAUCACGCCACCGUCUAUGCAUGUGGCAUAUAAUGAAAAAACUACCCUCCAAGAUCUCCGCGGACCUUCUUGACAACACUAAUGUUCGGUCCUGCAUUCACCGGUUGGUUUGGAAUGUUUAUAUCAAACCAGAAACGUUUGAGUCCCGCUGGAAUGACCUCCUAGAAACAUUUGGCCUUCAAGACCACACUUGGUUGAACGACAUGUACAACAUCAAACAUCUUUGGGUACCAGCCUACUUCAGGGAACUGCCAAUGUGUUGCUUGAUGAAGACCACUUCACGCUGUGAAAGCUCUAACGCUGCCUUCAAGGUCAACUCAACAAGCGCAAACACCCUUGUACAAUUUAUGAUGUGCUUUGAAAAUAGGGUAGUCAGCCAAUGCUAUCGGCAACGUGUAUCGGAGUAUAAAACCUCAUCCACGGUGUUCAAGGGCAAUACUGAUUUAGCGAUAGAACAGCACGCGUUCGCCAUUUACACAAACGCUGUUUUUGCACAAGUUCAAAAGGAGAUAAUUAAAGGGAAGUUUUUAUGCUACAUCACAAACCAAACCGAGUCCAGCAAUACCACUCUUUUGAUAGACGUCACUCAUUUGGACAAAAGGAACAACAUCACAAACGUCUAUCAGGUUACAUAUAACACUGUAGACCACUCCGCCAGUUGCUCAUGCAGGAAUUUCACACGUAUCGGAUAUCUCUGUCGCCAUGUCUUUUGCGUCUAUCGAUUGAAAAAUAUUGCAAAGAUACCACCACAAUACAUAAACGAUAGGUGGUGCCGAGAUGCCCUCCCAAAAGAGGUUUUUUCACUUUCCAGCCGAUACGGAGUCAACCCACACGCACCUUCCGUUAUGCGGAAUGAAAUCCUCGACCUCGUUACUGAAUGCGUUGAUGUGGCUAGAACCGAUGAGGAUUUGUUGUCAAAAUUGGUUGCACAACUCCGGGAUUUCAAGAUCAAUGUGCUUUCCAAGCAACCAUUGGGUACAAUUCAAAAUGAAACAAAAGAGUGUGAAAUGGAAGAAUUAGUUGGGCAACCAAUCAACAUUCCAGUCGAAGUUGCUAAUCCAGAUGUUGUACGCAAUAAGGGAUGUGGUACACAUACUCGCAUUUCUGGACCCGGUGAGAAGGCAAAGGCAAAACCAGCAAAACGUCCAAAGCAGCUUCGUUUAUGCAAGCGUUGUGGUCUGUAUGUCGACGACCACGACUCACGCAACUGCAUUAAGGUAGCCGCAAUGAAAGCAACAAAAGCAGCUGCUGAACAACAAAGGCAGACCGCCCCUGGUCCCUCUACCUCUGAUUAA